ACCCAAACCGACUGUGAGAGUUAAUCCUCAGAGCUCCGUCUACACUGGAGACACCAUCACUCUGACCUGUGAGCGGCAGUCGACUGGAUGGGAGAUUCAAUGGUAUAACAAUAAUCAGCAGUUACAGCCUCUGAACAGUGAAGAAGCAAACACACUUAAAAUGACAGUCGAUAAUGCAGGAGAAACAGAGUACAAGUGUCGCGCAUGCAGGAGAUACUACUACACUGGGUACUACUACGGCUACUACUACUACUACCACUACUACUGCACAGAGAUCAGUGAUCCUGUCAGGAUUACAGUGAGAGCAAGACCUAAACCAGUAGCAUCCAUAGAUCCUGAUAAACCGGUGUUCAGUGGAGACGCCGUCACUCUGAGAUGUGACCUACAGGAUGAAAGCUGGCAGUACAGCUGGUAUAAAGAUGAUUCACGCAGGCCUGUCAGUAGUGAACAGGUGUACACAAUCAGUGGUGUUGAAGUGACCCAUACAGGUAAAUACACCUGUAAAGGAGCAGAGAGACAAGGCUCACGCUCCUCACACUUCAGUGAUGCUGUUACACUGACUGUAUCAGAGAGACCAGGGGCAGUACUGAGUGUAUCUCCACAGAGCUGGCUGACUGAAGGAGACUCAGUGACUCUAAGCUGUGAGGUUACAGACUCCUCUACAGACUGGACAUUCAGCUGGUACACAGCUGUUCCCUACAGAGACGGCUUAACUCAAAUAAAACAUAAUCAUGGCUAUAUCAUGUAUGUGGAGCUCCUCUCAGACAGCAGCAGAGGAUCUGGAGGCAAAUACACUCUCAGUCCUGCUGCUCUUAAGCACACAGGAGUUUAUAUGUGCAGAGGAGAGAGAGGAGAACCAGCCUUACACACAGAGUACAGCAAUCCACAGCCACUAUGGAUCACUGGUGAAUCUCCUCCAGUCUCUCUGAUCAUCAAUCCCAGCAGAACUCAACACUUUACUAAUGACUCUCUCUCACUGAGCUGUGAGGACCAGAUUAACUCUACUGGAUGGAGAGUGAGACGAUACACACACAGUGAGGGAGUGUUAGAUUGUUCAAGGGGAUCAGUUACAGGAUCUACAUGUAAAAUCAGCUUCCUCUCCACAUCCUACACUGGAGUUUACUGGUGUGCGUCUGAAUCUGGAGAAAACAGUAAUCCUGUCAACAUCACAGUGCAUGGUGAGUCUUCAUAUGGUGAUGUGAUCCUGGAGAGUCCUGUCCAUCCUGUGACUGAGGGACAUCCUCUGACUCUACGCUGUUUAUAUCGAUACCCAAAUUCCUCAAACCUCCGAGCUGAUUUCUAUAAAGAUGGAUCAGUUCUCCAGACACAGACUACAGGAGAGAUGAUCAUCCGAACUGUCUCAAAGUCAGAUGAAGGUUUCUACCACUGUAAACACCCAGAGAGAGGAGAGUCACCGAAAAGCUGGGUCUCAGUCAGAGCGUCAGGUCCAUCAGGUGUAGAAGCUCCAUUCUCAGUGCUCAUGCUGAUCAGUAGUGUAGUGACGGCCUCUCCGUAUCUGCUGGUGACCAUCAUUCUGCUGGUCAAAUGUUACAGAGCUCGAGUUCACACUGAUGAAGAGAGGAUUGAGAAUGCAGUCAUAGAGGAGUGAGCAAAGUUCAUCUGUAAAAAGAGGAUGCAUUUACUGUCAAAUAAUUUCAUCAUUUCUUGUUCUUUAAUGCUUUGUGGGAUUUUAAAAUAAUACUGAUUUGUCAUUUUAAUGCCAUGCUGUUAUUUGCUCAGCAUCUUUUAGACACCUUCAUUGUUCUGACUGGAUUUGUUUAGCUGAAGCCUGCAAACCUCCUCAUGAGGUGAAAGUUACCAUGUGUGUAUCUCCAAUAACGCUUACAUGCUGCUAAUGCAAUGCGGAGUAAAAAAUGAACAAAGAGUCUUAUAAAAAUAUUAAUCAAGGGGAAAUGUUGAUGCAGAGAGUAUAUAUGGUUUAAAUUGCGUUAUUUCAGAAUGAAAAUGUGCAGUGUAAUGUUUUCCGGUGUAGGUUGUAUUUUCUGUAAGGUGACUACAGUCAGAGCGGUUGGUGAAAAGCCCAGUGUUACUGGAGUUAAAGUAAGUUAAGCUUUGUAUGGAUGCGAUUAAAAAAAAGAAGCUCAUCGACUGUUAUCUGAAACAUGGUGGGAACUAAUAUUGUGUUUUGUGUCUUCUCAGUGUUAGUUCUACCACUACUGUAUUUGUACUGCUGUGUUUUCUUCUAUUUCUUUGUGAGAUUAGCUCUAGCUGGAUUACGAGGAGUAGAUUUACAAUCUGUUACACACUGUUGUUAGAUUUGUUCGACUUUUCAGCUGUGUGAACUUUAAUUGUAGUUGUGUGAGGAGAUUUGUGGAUGAAACGAUUUGAUCAAUUCAAUAAAUGCAUCAUUAUCAGUUCACUGAAUUAUUUAACCUGGUAGCAAUAAUGUAUCGUAUGAAGUACAAGUAAUACUCUGAGAAAACUCUUGUGCCUUUGUCAAUAUCAGCAUUUUUACCAUUUUGUAUUUUUAUACAAUGAUGUACUUUUCAUUGUCUUAUAUUGUCUCUUGUCUCCUGCUGUAAGAUUGGAAUUUCCCACAUGGGAUUAAUAAAGUGUUAUCUUAAAAG